AUGAACCGGCAUAAGGUCCCAUGCCUGGACGGGCUACCAGUGGAAUUGGUAGAGAUAGUGGAGGUAGCCGAGGAUGUGCACCGACAGGGCAGGUUAAGGGAGAGCAUGCGAUCUGAAGAUCUUCGCCAAGGCCCUGCCAAAACGUUUGAAGAAGACCAUGUCACUCCUGGUUCACAGAGACCAGACGUGUGGGGUCCCCGGGAGGUCGGCGACAUGGAACCUCCACCUGAUCAGGGAUGCGAUCUCCUGGGCCGGGGACAGGAAUGUCCUUCUGGCGCUGACAACUACACCAGUGCACAUUUGAAACUCCCUGAGGCAGAAGCCUUGACCAACAUACACACCACAGAAGAAGAUGGAGAUGAUCCAACGCCCAAGAAAUCCAGUCGGAGCUCCAUCGGGCGAAGUCGAGGCUGGAGGAAGCCCGUGACGCCUCAUUCGCCGUCUCUUCCCCGGGGCUACCGGCUGGGCGGACCGCGGCGGUCUGCAACUUCACCCCCGCGCCGGGGAGGGGUUGGGAGCGGCAGCGCGGCCGAGGCAAGCGGGUCUCCCCCCUACCUCAGCUCGUCGCCCUCGCCUCCUCCUCCUCCCCCAGCCCCGAGGAAAAUAGAUAAGGGGAGUGUUCUCAUUGUUGGGGAUUCUAUUGUUCGGUAUUUAAAGGUGUCAAAGGCUAAAGCUAAGGCUAAAGCUAAUGCAACGGUGGCAUGUUUUCCAGGUGCUCGUGUCCUGGACGUCGCCCGGCGGCUUCCUGCGGUGCUCUGGCACCGUGGGGAUCCUGGCACCGUUGUAGUCCAUGUGGGGACGAACGACACGUCCGCCCGGCGCAGUGAGGUCCUGAAGGAGCACUACCGGAGACUUCUGGACACCGCUCGCCAGCGGACCGACGCCAGGAUCAUCGUCUCCGGACCCCUGCCCACCUACCGCCGCGGGAGCCUGAAGUUCAGCCGCCUCUACGCACUCCACUGCUGGCUGCGGGAGUGGUGCCCUACCAUCGGCGUGGACUUCGUGGACAACUGGGAGAGCUUUCGGGAGCGGCCGUCCCUCUUCCACCGCGACGGGCUUCAUCCCAGUCCCCUGGGAUCCACUGUCCUCUCUGGAAACAUUGAGGCGGUGCUACGCCGGGACUGACUGCCUGUAUUCAGUCAUACCGGGCAGGUUAGUG